UUGAAGAAGAGUUCUUGUUUUGUAUCUCAGUUUCUCUCUUUUUUUUUACACAAAUUCAAUUUAAACAAAUUAAGAAAUAAAACAGACAAACUGGAUGGUAUCCAAUGUAGGCUUAUGAAAUAGUUAGGGUAGUAAUUGUACCGGGUAUCCUGUACCGAUUUGGGGUGUUUGAAAAUAUUUAUUUAAAUAAUUUGUGAGGAGAGAAGGACUACUGCUCAAGUGAGUAGAGGAGGGGAGCUGGAGAGAGAAGCCCACGCACUUGGCAAAGUGGCUGACCGUAUUCUUGGACUCUCAGACCAGCUGAGUGGAUCAAUGAUGGAAUUACAAACAUUACAGGAGGCGCUGAAAGUUGAAAUACAAGUUCACCAGAAACUGGUUGCUCAGAUGAAACAAGAUCCUCAGAAUGCCGAUUUGAAGAAACAACUCCAUGAACUCCAGGCCAAGAUAACCGCUCUGAGUGAGAAACAGAAAAAGGUGGUGGAGCAGCUGAGGAAGGACCUGCUGGUGAAGCAGGAGCCCGAGCUGAAGCUGCAGCUGCAGGCCACACAGAUGGCCGACACCAAGCACCUGCUCCAGCUGUCCACCACACAGGCUCAGCAGCCCCCCACCACUCAUAACACCGGGGUACAGCAGAAGACUUUGACACUCACCCCGGUGCUCACCACUAAGACGCUACCUCUCGUGCUGAAAGCUGCCACCACAACAAUGCCUGCUUCUGCCACCGGCCAGUGUCCCACCGUCGCCAUGGUUACUGCCAUAAGCAACAUGCCCAAACCUGUGGUCAACUCCGACUCCCAGGCCACACCCAUCAACCUGCAGGUGGCCAGCAAAUUGCCCAAUCAGGGCUCAGAUCCUGUCCGCAUCAUCUCCAAGAAUGCCAUUGUGGUGCAGGCCGCCACCACCACUUCGGCCCAGCCAAUCAAAGUUCCUCAGUUUGUCCCUCCUGCUAGAGCAACGCCGCGGCCCACCUACCUGCCUCAGGUGAGGCCGAAACCUCCUGCACCCAACAAUGUGCCCAUCGCCCCCGCACCUGCUUCGGCCCCACCCCCACCCAUGGUGGCCGCACCCCCUCAGCUGCUACAGCGGCCAAUCAUGCUGGCCACCAAGCUGAGCCCCUCCUCCCUGUCACAGACCACGCCCAUCCACCAGGUGCGCAUAGUCAACGGUCAGCCCUGCGCCACCCUCGCCAAGACCACGCCCACUGGACAGGUGACUGGCAUUGUCAUCAGUGCGCCUGCACCCACUCUUCAGAUCAGUAGCCUACCCACAGACACAAAGACUGUUAAACUCCAUGGGGGGGCUGAGCAGGUUCCAGUGACUCCGCCCUCUUCCACACCGCCACCUCUGCCUGUGGCCAAACCCAAACGCGAGGAGAACCCUCAGAAACUUGCCUUCAUGGUAUCUCUGGGCCUAGUGACGCACGACCAUCUGGAAGAGAUACAGAGCAGGAGACAGGAGCGCAAGAGGAGAACAACGGCCAACCCUGUGUACAGCGGAGCGGUGUUUGAGCCAGAGAGGAAGAAGAGUGCGGUGACCUACCUGAACACGCCCCUUCACCAGGGCACCAGGAAGCGAGGUCGCCCUCCCAAAUACAGCAGCGCCCCGGACGUGAGCGCGCACCCCCCGCGCUCUCCCUCCGGCUGCCACCCCGCCUCCCUAGCCCCCGAGCGGCUCGACGCGGGGGGGCUCCCUCACCCCGCACACCCUCACACCCUCCCUCUGCCCUCUCCCAGUUCAGGGGAUGGAGACAUCCAUGAGGACUUCUGUGCCGUGUGCAGACGCAGCGGCCAGUUGCUCAUGUGCGACACCUGCUCCCGCGUCUACCAUCUGCCCUGCUUGGACCCGCCCCUCAAAAACAUUCCCAAGGGCAUGUGGAUCUGCCCCAAAUGCCAAGACCAGAUUCUCAAAAAAGAAGAUGCCAUUCCUUGGCCAGGGACUCUGGCUAUUGUCCAUUCCUAUAUUGCAUACAAAGAAGCUAAAGAGGAGGAGAAACAGAAGCUGUUAAAGUGGAGCACUGAGCUGAAGCUGGAGAGAGAACAACUGGAGCAGAGAGUCAAGCAGCUCACCAACUCCAUUACGAAAUGCAUGGAGACCAAGAACACCAUCCUGGCUCGGCAGAAGGAGAUGCACUCCUCGCUUGAGAAGGUGAAGCACCUCAUCGCCCUCAUCCAGAGCUUCGAGCGCAACCAGACUCUGGAGCCUGAAACCUGCCCACCAGUCACAGAGGAAUCCUUAAAGGCUCCCCAACUUGUCACAGAGGAAUCACCCUUAAAGACCUCACAACUAGUCACAGAGGAAUCCUCCAAGGUGGGCCCCGUGGUCAAGAUGGAGGUCACCUCUGAGGUUAAGAUGGAGGUCGCCUCUGAGGUUAAGAUGGAGGUCACCUCAGAGGUCAAGAUGGAGAUCACCUCAAAAGCCACUUCAGAGGUCAUUGCUGAGGUAUCAAAAGGUGCCCCACUUGAACCUGCAACCAGGGAGGAGCCCAAUUUUGAGGUUGAACCUGAUUCUAAAGUGCAAUCUGGUUCUAAUGUGGGGCCCAGUGCAGAGGUAGUACCUAGUUCUGAUGUGGGGUCCAGUGCUGUGGUGGAACCUAGUUCUGAUGUGGGGUCCAGUGCUGUGGUGGAACCUAGUUCUGAUGCGGGGUCCAGUGCUGUGGUGGAACCUAGUUCUGAUGCGGGGUCCAGUUCUGUGGUGGAACCUGCGCCUGAGAUAACAACCGGUGCUGAGGAAGAAGUUGGUUCAAAAGUUGAGCUAAGUCCUGAUGUAGCAGCCGGGUCGGAGGUGGUGGCUGGGUCUGGAUGUGGGCCCGAGGACGGUGCCGAGGCCCCAGACACCAGCAGACCAGCAGAGCCCAUGGAGGUCUCAGCCAACGGAGACACAGACUCUCACAGUGAGAGCACGGGGCACAGCCACCCGUGUGCUGCCCCGCCUGAGGCGAACACAACCCUGUUGCCCAGCAACGGCACAGCAGAUACGGGGGCGCAGGGGGAAGCUGCAAAGGAAGCAGACCAGGAGCAGAAUGGCUCCAGUAAUGGCAAAACGUCAGAAGGCUCCCAGGGGCCUGUCCAGCCUGCUCCUCACAACCAAACAGAGUCCCCUAAAUAACAUGCACCUACUCACCCACAUCACAAAGAACUCCACUGCACCCAGGACUGGUGUGCUAUGUUGCCAAUCUCUCUCUAUAUAUAAAUAUAAAUAUAUAUAUAAUGAAUAUAUGGACACUUUUUUUUGUUCUUUCUGGUUGGACUGUAUUGUAAAGCUGUGUCAGCAGCACAUUUAAGAGUGGUUGGAGGCCUGGAGGAUGUAGACCACAGUACCCAAUGCUUGAUUGGGCAAGGGCCAUGCCAGUCUGUCAUGCCAACCUCUCCCGAGAGGGAGGUGCUGAGUUGACCAGUCUGGAGCAUCCUACCAGCGUGUGCCUGCAGCACUAGGGACUCACCUAUAAACAUGUGGAAUUAAUCCUUCAAACAGUCUUUCCUGAAGGAUUUAAGAACUGGCUAGUAGGAUGGCAACGUUAACUUUUCAGCCACUCCUAUGGUGUUAGGGGACUGGCUGGCAGGUUAGUGAAGUUAUCCUUUUGGCCACCCCUGAAGGCUUUAGGGACUGGCUAAGGCUAGUCUUCUACCCUUGCGGUGGUAGUUCCCAGACCAUCCAAAGCCUGCCUGCUGCCCCCAUGGCUCUGUGUUUCCUAAACCAAAAGAUCUCUGUCCACAGGCAGGAAAGCAUCAGUAUUUAGCCUAGUGUCCAGGCAGCAGGGAACACUGGGGUCGGGAAAGUCACUCUCAACACCUCGGGUGAGCAGUCAACAGACAUGACACAAGGAGAGGAAGUUGAGGGAAGGCAGAGUUUUCCCGUUAAUGAGGAGCAAAGAACAGCAAAAUGGGGCAACACAUGGGAGACCUCAGAGAACAUGUGGUAACUUAGGUUUUUUUUUUAAAAAAAAAGAAAGGAAAAAAGGAAAACAAACAAUAUGGUGUUGGUCCUGUGUAGUGAAAAUGUGUUGUGUGUGAAUUGGUGUGUCAGUCCUGAGCGCUAAAUGUGAACAGUUGCAAGCUUUGCAGUGUCAAUCUGUCAAAAUAUGACACCUUGUCCAUUUCUGGGGAGUAUUUCUUUUUUACAUAGAGGUGGAAAAAUAUGCAGGUCUUCCUAGUCUUCAGAAAUACAAGUGCUUUUUUUUCUGUUAGAUAAGUCAUUUAUUUUGAAAGGUGUUGACUGGUAUAGUUUCUGCAGGCUGGUCUACUGGAGGCCUCGAGAUCAGGCCUCAGAAGAAGGCUUCUGCUGGUUUCUGAACUGCCAAAUAUUUUUGUAUCCGAGUGUAAAAGGGACAUGUUCUUUUCUAAGGACCAGGUCAGUCAAUAGGAAUCCCCAUUUAAAUGCGUGUGAAUGUUGCACUGUCAUUGCUAACAACAAAUGUGCUUUCCAAAUUUCUGUCUUAUUUGAUGGAAAUUUUGAUGGUACAAGAAGGGGGGCAAAUAUUGCAACAAUCUUUGAAACUAAAGCACAAGCUUGUCCGAAAAAAAAAUAGUUGUUGAGAGGGAGAUCUCAGACACACUUGAACAUUUUCUUUGUAAUGGCUUUUGCUUCAAGUGUGUAUGUGUCUGAGUGGACCUGUUUGUCAUUUUUGUAACUUGUUCUGAGCUUGCCAAGAUAUCCUCCAUGCCCUUAAAGAGGUGAGGGGCCUUGUCCCGACAUUAGUCCCUGGAUGCAGAAAAUACACCUGGCAAUAGCCCACAUGCAGAAAAUACUCCUGACUCUAGUCCCAUGUGCAGAAAAUACUCCUGACCUUAGUCCCAUGUGCAGAAAAAAUGACGGAUGUUUGUGCUGACAUUAAUUCACAAUGCAGAACAUAUUCCCAAUGGUGAUGCUGACAUUAGUCCACCAUACAGGAAAUAGUCCUGAUGUUGGCCCUGAUUUAGUCCCCUAUGCAGAAAAUCCUCCGUACUUUAGUCCUGACUACUGCAGUGUGUGGAGAGUGCACCUGACAUUAGUCUGCUCCUGAUGCUAGUCCUGACGUUAUGUCUCAUGUUAGUCUGCUCACAGCGCUAGUCCUGGCGUUAUUCUGCUCCUGACACUAGUCCUGACAUCGGUCUGCUCCUGACGCUAGUCCUGACAUCAGUCUGCCCCUGAUGCUAGUCCUGACGUUUGACCUAGUUAAGUGUGCAGAGAACAGACCUGCUCUGCUCUGUAGUAUGAGUUUAUGAACCCUCCCCUCUCCUGCCCCCACAACUGAUCUCUGAAGAAGAUUUCCCCACAGCAUGAUGUCAUGUCAACAUUAGUCAUGAAUUGCUAGAAAUAGAUUGAUAAAUAUCAGACUUUGAGGCCCUUGGUCUGGGAUUGGCUGAUCCUUUUAUUACAAAAUUUGGACAUCUCAAGAUGGCUGAUGAUUCUCCCCAAGCACUUAAACUCAACAACAUCCCUAUCUAGUAGUUGUGCCAGAAGUAGGUAAUUUUUGUCAGCAUCCUGAUUUGACAACUUGUGGAUUUAUUUUUGUCACUGCACAGCUGAUGAUGUGUAUCAUGUUUACAUUAAUUCAUGACCAAUUAACAUAUCUAAAAAGAAAAUAUUUGAUCAAGAGAGAAGUAGGGACCCAAUGAUGGCCAACAGUGGUCUCAAAAUACUAUUUGAAACAGGUUCUUAAUUGCACAAUUAAAAGCAUUGCUAAGAGAUGAAACCAAUUAAAAUUUAGAUAUUUGUCAAGUCUGUGUGGUAGGACCAUUGGUUUAGUUAUCUGGUCAGACCCUUUGACUGGAGAGUUGUGCUGUUAGUGGUCGUUAGUGUUGAGUGUGUGAUGGCAGGUGACUGAGUGGCUGCACACCUGCAAGUUCAUUACUGUGAAAUUACAUAUCUUCAUCUCAAACACACGUUGGCCUGAUACAAGGCUCUCUCAUGUCCAAUCAAGUGUUCUGUUGGCCCACUCUGCCCUUCUGAACCCUCACGUUCUAACCAGGAGGAACCCUCAUGUUCUCACUUGGAAAAACUUAUUCAAUGUUUAGGUACCCAGAGUGCCUUUCCUCGCUCCCUUGUUUUUUCCAGCUGCACUGUGACCGUCAUCACUGCUUCUCUUAACAGCUCUGACACCCGGCAUCCCCUGAAACCGUCAGUCAGUGGAGUGGAGACCUUAAAGCACAACAGCAGGUUCACACAUCAGUGUGUGGACAAGCAAUGGACGCUUUCAUUAGGAGUUCUACAGUGGAGGUGUAGUUGUAUUGUUAGGGGUUUGGUUUGAGUUCAUUGAAACUGCCUUAAGUUGUUUUUAUCCAUGGUGAGAUAUUGUCCAAACUUUACACAACUGAGAUGGCUUAAGAGUCUUAACCUGUGGCUAGUGUGAAGGUGAAUGUGACAGAGGUGCUUAACUUAAGCCACCAUCUCUCCAAUUUGCAAGAUCAAAACUCAAGUGUGAACAUUUUUGAAAGUGGAAACCACUAUUUCAUGUAGAUAUUUACCUUCAUUUUACGCACUUUUUAUACCCCAGGUAUUUUAAUUUGUCUCCCUUGGAAGCGUUGCCCAUCCGUGAUGUAGACUUAAAUCAGGAAGUUUGAUUCCAUCUCAUCCUCAGGACCCUAGAGCUGAGACCCCAACCCUCCACACCCGCAGUCUGUGGAGUCUCUGUGGUUCGGAACAUAUCAGUGCUCCUGCAUCAGCCUUCAUCUCCACGCUCUUUACUUGCACAUUCUUUUGGAGUGACUUUGAUUUGGAAUCAGGUGAACUAAGUUCAGGCUUGGAAGGAUCAAAUGAGACUGCUUAUUGAUUGGAUAAACCUGUUCUACCUGGGACAUCAUCUGUCCAAUCAGGAACUCUGAGAGCAUGCCUUUUUAUGCAAGUGUUUUAUAGAAUUGUUUUCCGGUUUCUUUGUUUUGGAUAUGCAUUUUACUUUGUGUUUGUAAAGCUUUAUGCAAAAUUGUCAUUUUAUUUUUUUUCUGUACACAUUCUGGCAGUGUAAUGCCAAUUCUUAAAUGUUGACAACAGACUUGCAACUCCCCCAGAGCAUUAUGAAUUUUAAAAUGAACAAAUGAAACUUCAGACAUUGCAUCUGUUUAACCACAAGGGUGGGAAGUGUGACCCCAGUCCCUGACGCUCCUGCAGAGCUGCGCUGGACUAGCCUGAAAGCCAGAGACUGUGGGUGGAGGUAGCCGGUCCCUGACUCUGAGGGGAGGCUACCUUGGCUGAUGCUUCGAGCUGAAUGCUGAUGUAAAUGUGCUGGGGGCCAGUUGGGUGGGGGUUCUUGAGUACGGUGUUGUUGAGUGCAUUUGUUGUGUUUUUUAAAAUUUUAAAAAGAAAAACAGCCACGCAUUCCAUUUAACAUUGAAUUUGUCAUGACUCCAGUAUACCCAAAGAGAUCGCUAAUGUGCAUUUCUUUAUAUUUUAAUUUUAUUUUUUUGCUAUUUUUUGCCCUUUUUAAAAAAAAAUAAUUUUAAAUACAUAUCAAUUGACUUCCUGAGGCACUGUCAAUUGUAUGCUUGUCUUUUCCAGCCCUUGUCUGGUGAAAAGUGAAGGGUUCACCUCAGUUGGGGCAGGCAGGAGUGCUGGGGC